CACGCUCCCAGCCGCUAAGAAGUUCUUUGGACGCGAACAGACGUGUGCUGCAGCUGGGCAGAGCACGGAGCCUCGCAGCGAGCGAGCGCCGCCGACCCGCCCGCGCCUGCCGCGGGGAGAGGCAGUUCGCGCCCCGCGGCCCCGGUUCAGCCCGCACCGCCGCCAGCCCCGUCAUGGCGGAGGUGGGGGGCGUCUUUGCCUCCUUGGACUGGGACCUGCACGGCUUCUCCUCGUCUCUGGGGAACGUGCCCUUAGCUGACUCCCCGGGUUUUCUGAACGAGCGCCUGGGCCAGAUCGAGGGGAAGCUGCAGCGCGGCUCGCCCACAGACUUCGCCCACCUGAAGGGUAUCCUGCGGCGCCGCCAGCUCUACUGCCGCACCGGCUUCCACCUGGAGAUCUUCCCCAAUGGCACCGUGCACGGCACCCGCCACGACCACAGCCGCUUCGGAAUUCUGGAAUUUAUCAGCUUGGCUGUGGGGCUGAUCAGCAUCCGGGGAGUGGACUCUGGCCUGUACCUAGGAAUGAAUGAACGAGGAGAGCUCUAUGGAUCAAAGAAACUCACACGUGAAUGUGUUUUCCGGGAACAAUUUGAAGAAAACUGGUACAACACCUAUGCCUCCACCUUGUACAAACACUCGGACUCGGAAAGACAGUAUUAUGUGGCCCUGAAUAAAGACGGCUCACCCCGGGAGGGCUACAGGACUAAACGACACCAGAAGUUCACUCACUUCUUACCCAGGCCAGUAGAUCCUUCUAAGUUGCCCUCCAUGUCCAGAGACCUCUUCCGCUAUAGGUAAUGGACCUCUGGUGCCACCUCUGUGACCCGUGUACUCUGUGGCCAUGGUUGGCUCUGCAAACACUAUACUCAUAGCUUUUCAGUCCUUCCUUCCUAUCAAUUAGAUAACAGAGAAGCACUUACUGUUCAA